AUGUUCGGUCGGUCCACGUUAUCGAGAACGGGAAGUUUCAGACCAGAAAACUUAGGCCAAAAUGCGUUAGCUAUGAUAGGAAAUCUCUGCUUCACUUUCUUUGUUGUCGGAGUCCUCAUUUUCACUAUCAUCGCUGCUACUUACGAGCCCGAGGACCCUUUGUUUCACCCUUCAACAAAAAUUACAAAUUUCUUCACUUCUAACUCCAAUGCCACCUUUAAAUCUGAUGACACUGUUGUCAAAACUGGGGAGGAUUUCUUGGCCUCGAAUCAGACUGCUUUUUCAAAUUUCAUCAACAUUACGGAUGUUGACACCACACCCAGUAAUGCCAAUGCUCAUCCUGAUGCCAGGGCUUUAGAGGGCUGUCCAGGUCCUUUGGACUGUAGGGAUCCUGAAUUGUUUCAUAUGUUGAUGAAAAGGGCGAUUGAGGAGUUUAAGGAUAUACAUUUUUAUCGGUUUGGGAAACCUGUUCUAGGGUCUAAUGAUUCUACUUGUGAUAUGGCUUGGAGGUUUAGGCCCAAGGAAGGCAAGACUGCUGCUUUUUAUAAGGAUUAUAGGCGUUUUGUUAUUGCUAGAUCGGAGAAUUGUACGCUUAGUAUUGUGGGGAUUGGGGAUUAUCAUUCGGGUGUGAAUGCAAGGAAGAGGAAAAAGAAUCAGAAACCUGGGUUUGAGAAAACACCAGGGAAACAAGAAGGGGGACAACCGUUGUUGCAGGUUGUUGGGGAGACUGUGAAUGAUUCGCUUCCUGUGGUUGAGUCGGAGAAUUCAUUUAGUCGCGGGAAAUAUUUGCUUUAUAGUGGUGGAGGUGACAGAUGCAAGAGUAUGAAUCAUUUCUUGUGGAGUUUCUUGUGUGCAUUGGGUGAAGCACAGUAUCUGAAUCGGACACUGGUUAUGGAUUUGUCCAUUUGUUUGAGUUCAAUGUAUACUUCUUCGAAUCAGGAUGAGGAAGCAAAAGAUUUCAGGUUUUACUUUGAUUUUGAGCAUUUGAGGGAAGCAGCAUCGGUUUUGGACCAGUCUCAGUUUUGGGACGAUUGGGGUAAAUGGCAGAAAAAGGAUAGGUUGAGUCUUUAUCUCAUCGAGGAUUUCAGGGUCACACCGAUGAAGCUUACAACUAUAAAAGAUACUUUGAUUAUGAGGAAGUUUGGAUCUGUUGAACCAGAUAAUUACUGGUAUAGAGUGUGUGAAGGAGAGACUGAGGCUGUCAUUCAACGGCCGUGGCAUCUGAUAUGGAAGUCAAGGAGAUUGAUGGAUAUUGUGAGUGCAAUUGCCUCAAAAUUGAACUGGGAUUAUGAUGCUGUUCAUAUUGAGAGAGGGGAGAAAGCAAGGAACAAGGAGCUGUGGCCUAAUCUUGCAGCAGAUACCUCACCUAAUGCGCUUCUCUCAACCUUGGCUAACAAACUUGAAGAUGGGAGGCAUGUCUACAUUGCGACAAAUGAGCCUGAUACAUCCUUCUUUGACCCUUUAAAGGACAAGUAUACUACCCAUUUUCUUGACGAGUACAAAGAUCUUUGGGAUGAGAACAGCGAGUGGUACUCGGAGACGACAGCCCUUAACAAGGGGGUUCCAGUUGAAUUUGAUGGUUACAUGAGGAUUUCUAUCGACACAGAAGUCUUCUUGAGAGGAAAAAAGCAGAUUGAGACUUUCAAUGAUCUCACAAACGAUUGCAAAGAUGGUAUUAACACCUGCAGUGCUGCUUCCAGUUAA